CCCAUCUAACCAGCUUCCUCUGGUCUCCAGCGUCUGGUCAUUGGUCCUCCUCCAGACCACUCACCCUCUCCUGGGGGUCGUCUUUACCCUACGUUCUUUCACCCUGUCUCACCUCCCUCUUUGUAGAACUUCUGUUUUUCUUCUCCCAGGACCCCUUUCUGACCUCCCUUGGAGGGCUAGGGAGGCCCAGGCCAUAAAGGAGAUGAGGGAGACUCUGCUCCUAGGCCUUCUGCUUCAGCGACUGCUGUGGGAAGCUCCAGCCGUGGUUUCAGAGCCUGGGAGAGAGGACUCCGUGGUGUGGGCCCAGGAGGGGGCCCCUGUCCAUCUUCCUUGCAGCCCCCAACUCCCCCACCGGAAUCCCGACCUUCUGCGAAGAGGAGUGGUCACUUGGCAACAUCAACCAGAUGGGGGGAAGUCCUUGCGUGGGAGGCCGGCCCCCCAUCGCUACACGGUGCUGAGCGUGGCUCCAGGAGGCCUGCGCAGCGGGAGGCUGCCCCUGCAAAGCCGCGUGCAGCUGGACGAGCGCCGCCUCCAGCGCGGGGACUUCUCGCUGUGGCUGCGUCCAGCCCGGCGCGCCGACGCCGGCGAGUACCACGCCGUGGUGCGCUUCCCGGACCGCACCCUCUUCUGCCAUCUCCGCCUGCGCGUCGGCCAGGCCUCGAUGAUCGCCAGUCCCUCAGGACCCCUCAGGCCGUCUGAUUGGGUCAUUUUGAACUGCUCCUUCAGUCGCCCUGACCGCCCAGUCUCUGUGCACUGGUUCCAGGGUCAGAACCGUGUUCCUGUCCACAAGUCCGCCCAUCACCACUUAGCUGAAAGUUUCCUCUUUCUCCCGCAAGUCAGUUCCCUGGACUCCGGGACCUGGGGCUGUGUCCUCACCUACAGAGAUGGCUUCAAUGUCUCCAUCACACACAACCUCGAGGUUCUGGGUCUAGAGCCCCUAGCUCCUCUGACAGUGUACGCUGCUGCAGGCUCUGGGGUGGAGCUGCCCUGUCACUUGCCCCAGGGUAUGGGGACCUCUUCUUCACUCACUGCCAAGUGGACUCCUUCUGGAGGAGGCUCUGAGCGUCUGGUGACCGGGAAGAGUGGCAGUUUUGCCCUUCGACUUGAGAGUGUGGGUCUGGAGCAGGCUGGGACCUACACCUGUCGUGUUCAUCUGCAGGGGCAGCAGCUCAGUGCUAUGGUCACUUUGGCGGUCAUCACAGUGACCCAUCAGUCCUUGGGGUUACCUGGCUCCCUGGGAAAGCUGAUGUGUGAGGUAACCCCUGCAUCUGGACAAGAAAGAUUUGUGUGGCGUCCCCUGAACAAUGGCUCCAGGAGUUCUCCAGGCCCCGGGUUGGAGAUAAAGGAGACCCGGUUCCUUGCUGAGCCUUGGCAAUGCCAGCUUUUUCAGGGACAGAAGCUUCUUGGAACAGCGGUGCACAUCGCAGAGUCUAGCCCAGGUGCCCGCAGUGCAAGGAGAGCCUCAGGUGACCUUAAAGGAGACCAUCUCUUUCUCCUUCUGAUCCUCAGCACAUUCUCACUGUUCCUUGUGGUGACUGGGGCCUUUGGCUUCCACCUAUGGAGGAGACAGUGGCUAUGGAGAAGAUUUUCUGCCUUAGAGAACAGGAUUCACCCACCUCCCUCUCUGAGUAAGACAGAGGAGCUGGAGCAAGACCUGGAGAUAGAGAUGGAGCAGGAGCCAGAGCCGGAGCCAGAGCCGGAGCCAGAGCCAGAGCCAGAGCCGGAACUGGAGCAGGAGCCCCAGCCGGAGCCAGAGCCCAGGCAGCAGUGA